GCAGGCGGGCGGGCGCGCGAUCAUCUUCUUUUUUUAUUUAGUCUUUGUACAGGAGAAGUCUCUUAUCCCUCUCUCCGUCUCCGUCGUUCUGUCUUUCCGUUGUUGUACGCCGCUCUCUCUCUCUCUCUCUCUCUCUCUCUCUCUCUCUCUCUCUCUCUCUCUCUCUCUCUCCCCCCUCUAUCUGUCUCUCUACCCCUCUCCAUUUCCCGUCCUCUUUCUCCCCCUUCGCUAGGGGCUCCGGCUUCUUGGCUCUGCCGCCAUGGCGACGAUGGCUGACCUGCUGAACCUUCAGGAUCUGUCCGGGUACAUCAUCGCCGAGUACGUGUGGAUCGGCGGCCACGGCUUGGACAUGAGGUCGAAGCCUCGCAGCGUGAAGGGCCCCAUAACCUGCCCCUCGCAGCUUCCCAAGUGGAACUACGACGGCUCGUCGACGGGGCAGGCUCCGGGCGAGGACAGCGAAGUAAUCCUGUACCCCCAGGCCAUCUUCCGCGACCCCUUCCGGGGGGGCGACAACAUCCUGGUCAUGUGCGACUGCUACACGUCGGACGGGCAGCCCAUCCCGACGAACAAGCGCAACGAGGCGGCGAAGAUCUUCGAGCAGAACCUGGAGGCGGAGCCGUGGUACGGGCUGGAGCAGGAGUACACGCUGCUGCAGAGCGAGGUGAAGUGGCCGCUGGGGUGGCCCAAGGGGGGGUUUCCGGGCCCGCAGGGGCCGUACUACUGCGGUGUGGGGGCGGACAAGGCGUGGGGGAGGGACAUUGCCGAUGCGCACUACAAGGCGUGCCUGUAUGCCGGAAUCCAAGUGUCGGGGACGAAUGGGGAAGUCAUGCCGGGACAGUGGGAGUACCAGGUCGGGCCCGUGCAGGGCAUUGCCGCGGGGGACCAGCUGUGGAUGUCCAGGUACAUUCUGGAGAGGAUCACGGAGAAGGCGGGCGUGGUGCUGUCGCUGGACCCUAAGCCGAUCGAAGGGGACUGGAACGGGGCCGGGUGCCACACCAACUACUCCACCAAGGCCAUGAGAGAGGAUGGCGGCUUCGAGGUCAUCACGAAAGCCAUAGGCAAGUUGGGACUGCGGCACAAGGAGCACAUUGCGGCGUACGGGGAAGGCAACGAGAGACGCCUCACUGGAAGGCACGAAACAGCAGACAUCAACACGUUCAAGUGGGGGGUGGCUGACCGUGGUGCUUCCAUUCGCGUCGGUCGAGACACCCAGAAGAAUGGCAAGGGCUACUUGGAGGAUCGCCGACCCUCCUCCAACUGCGACCCCUACGUUGUUACCUCUCUCGUCUUCGAGACCACCGUCCUCUGGAACCCGCCGCAGUGAGAAAGCAUAGCAGCAGCGUCGUCGUACAGUCACAGGCACAACGCGCGCGCGCGCGCGCGCGAGAGAGAGAGAGAGAGAGAGAGAGAGAGAGAGAGAGAGAGGAUCCGUAGGCUUAUUCGUUUAGCUAACUAGGAGGAGACGAGGGAGAUGGAGGGAGAAGAGAAGGUUGGGUGGGAGAGUGUAAGAAAGGAAGGAGCUUCAGAGGAGCUCGAUCUCGCCGGUCGGUCGGGCGGUCGGGUCCUUGCUUGCAGCUAGUCGCCCACCUCCCCAUUUGUUGAAUGCCCAUUCUGUUUUUUGUACAAUAGAGGAUGGGGGGGAGUGGUAUGUAAGACGCACGUGAAAACAUCCAGCCAGGACGAGACAUUAGUUGUGAUUUUCAGAAAUGCUUGCGCUCCAUUUGGGCCCGGUGGGGGCCUCUGUCUCCCUCAGCACCCUUUUUGAAACGUUUAUUUUAAGCCAAGCCAAGUUCUGUACAUUUUGGUAUGCUCACUUCCUACUACUUCGACUAGGUCCGUGUAUGUAACCGGUUGGCAUCGUUGUCGAACGGGAGGAACACGAAGGAAAUUUCUAUGAGAGGGAGCUGCAUACGCGGGAUUAUGUCCCUUUGAUUCUCUCCUCUUUGUCGCUUCGUUGCCUGGGUCUUCGUUGGGGAGGUGUGUCCAUGAUUCCCCCUUCUCCGUAGCAUAUGCUGUGUUCGACCCCUUCAUGGAUGGCGGGGAGGGUGGGGUGGUGGAUGGAUGGAGAGAGAGAGAGAGAGAGAGAGAGAGAGAGAGAGAGAGAGAGAGAGAGAGAGAGAGAGAGAGAGAGAGAGAGAGAGUGUGAGAGUGAGAGUUUCUCAUAUUUAAUGCAUUUUUAUGAUGUUUUUUCUGUGCAUGCUUUGCGCUACUUCCUCGUAGCGACGUGAGGCAAUGGCUGGUUCUUUACUUCGCUGAAUGGUCGCGUGCGGAAAUUACCGCUGGAGUUGAUUAAUGUUGACGCACAAUGGCUCAUCUCCGCUGUGACGGCGCUGUUCAGGUUAACGCAUUUCUCGUUUAGCAAUAAUCGGUCUUCGAAUAAACGAGCUUGAGCAGU